GCCCACUUUAAAAAAAAUGUUGCGGGUCUGAUCCGCCGCUGCGUGGCCCAGGGCUCGGGGGCGCAACCUAGGGGGCUUAAAGGGGUGUGCGCUGGGGAGCAGAGGGAGGGUGCAGAGGGCCAAGGGCUCCAAGGGCGCCCUGGCCCCGGCCGGUCCUGCGACGCGAGGCUCGAGGAGGGUGGUUUAACUGCCGGGAGAGGAAGAUUUGCAAGACAGAGGCUACAGAAGCGAUUUGUAGGAGCGGGGGGCGUUGUCUGGGACCUCCCCGCGUUUCAGCUGCAGCUCCCGGGGGAAGACGAGAGGGUUGGAAGAUGGGGAGAGAGGAGCAGCAGUGCCAGGGAAGCCCGUGAAAAGAGCCUCCCUGUCUGUCGGAGGAAGCCUCCCCUCCCUAACCAAGAGACUUCCUCCUGGGAUACCGGUCCCAGCCCGCCUCGCUCCUCCUGGGUCCCACGGAGCUGGGAGUGAGUUCCCGGGGAGCCCGGUGGGUCUCCUCUGGACUCUGCCUUUCUCAGCCUGACCCAAGCGCAUCUUCUUCAAUGAUCCAAAAGUCCCGGGCCCCGCUACUCAAAACUCAAGAUGUUGGAGACAGAGUGGAAACUCUUAUGGGAUCUGCUUGAAGGUGUUGAGACAACACCCAAGGACCUGUUGGAGUGACUAGGUCACUCCCCUUAAAGUGGUGGUUUCCAAGAAUCUGAUGCCGCAUUUGCCUUUGCAUCCUGCCAUAAAGGCCUUUCUGUGUGGUUCCAUCAGUGGGACCUGUUCUGCUCUUCUUUUUCAACCUUUGGAUCUGCUUAAAACCCGACUGCAGACUCUCCAACCAGCACACCAUGGGUCUAAACGCAUUGGAAUGGUAUCUUUGUUAUACAAGGUGGUUCGCACAGAGAGUCUGCUGGGACUUUGGAAAGGAAUGUCUCCAUCCAUUGCAAGAUGUGUCCCUGGAGUUGGGAUCUACUUUGGGACUCUCUACUACAUGAAGCAGUACUUUCUCGUGGGGCAGCCCCCUACAGCCCUUCAGUCUGUCAUGCUGGGUAUUGGCUCCCGAGCUGUUGCAGGGGUCUGCUUGUUACCCAUCACUGUGGUCAAGGCGAGGUAUGAGAGUGGGCAGUACGGCUAUGAGAGCAUCCACGGCGCCCUGAAGAACAUCUAUCAGACAGAAGGGCACAGGGGCUUGUUCAGGGGAUUGACGGCCACGCUGCUCCGAGACGCGCCCUUUUCUGGCAUCUACCUGAUGUUUUACAACCAGACCAAAAAGGUUGUGAUGAAAGAUGAAUUGGACGCUGCCCUCGUGCCCUUUGUGAACUUCAGUUGUGGGGCUUUUGCUGGCAUUCUGGCAUCGUUGGUAACUCAACCUGCAGAUGUUGUCAAAACACACAUGCAGCUGUCACCGGAGAAAUUUCGGAGGAUUGACCAAACUGUCACAGUCAUUUUCAAAGAUUAUGGGCUAGUUGGCUUCUUCCAUGGUGGUGUUCCCCGUGCCCUUAGACGAACUCUGAUGGCAGCGAUGGCAUGGACAGUCUAUGAAGGGAUGAUGGCUAAGAUGGGUCUGAAGUCGUGAAGGAAUGGAAGGAGAAAGGAUGGGAUCAUCCUGUUUCCACCACCCUGUCCCCACUGAAUGAUGAUGCUGUCUGUCCAUUUUGGGCAAAGAUGAGGUUUCUAAUCCAGAGGUCCAGGCAGAAUUGAUUCACUUUCUGCAGUCAGUGUAUACAAGAAAUGGAAGUAUUUGACCAUUUGAAGCAUUCCAUGGGGCCCAUCUUGCCAGUAAACUGACUUUGGGUUGCGGAUGGGUGAAGGUUUUUAUAUACCAUGCAAAUCCACCUGUUCAAGGCACGUGGUAUCCAGAAAAAAUGUCUCUGUAGAAUAAUUCUACUUGAGCCACCUAUAUGCAUCAGGAUGGGCUUUUGUGUAAGUCAGCUGGAGAAGCACCUGUGAUUGUAUAGUCAGGCCCAUGUCCUGAGCUGAGAAUUUCUUUGAAUUGCAGUGUUAAUUUAUUGAGGGUCUGAUGAGUAGACAAAAGGCCCUUGCCGUGGCCAAUUUUGGUUUUUGGCAAACUGUAAGGGAGAAAAGAAACCCUUAUUUUCAUUGAGUUCUCAUACUUGUUCUGAAGGAUGGAUUGGUUUGGUUUCCUAGCUGUUCCCCAUCAAGUCAAUUCACUUCUGUUUUGGCUUAGAAAGAGCAUGUUAUUUCUGCCAGGCUCCAAGCUAGUUCAACAAGCUGCUUUGACGUUUUUCAGCAGCUAAGGUUGGGAUUUAUGAAAUCAAGCACUUUGUCAUUCACAUUAUUGAAAGCUGUUUAGACUACUUAGCUCGUGUUAUCCCUUGUCAUAGAAUGAUACAGUUCCAUUGGGAAGGCAGCCAUCCUUCUCAUCUAGUACUUGUAGUGAAAACUGCCUUCUGACUCCCUUUCACACUAGGAAAACUUUUUGUAUUCUGUACUGUGAAUUUGCCAAAGAAAUAGACCCAAAGACCCUUUUCAAGAGGGAAGGUAUAAAGACUCAGUAUUGUUGGCCUAGAAGCAUCUUAGGAAAGGCUCACUGAAUGGCCCCUUCUCCACUGCCAGGGAAGGUUCAGAGCUGCUUUUGCAGAUUUCCCUAAAGGCUUAACUCAGGGGGUUUCCCAAACUUGGGGCAUUAAAGGGGACACGGACAACCAAAUUUACUUAUUCAGAGGUUAUAUCACUUAUAACUUUCUAUUGUUUUUCAUGUUAAAAUACCUUUCCCUGAUGGAUAAGUAUUGAGGGGGGUGAGGUGUAGAGAAAAAUGUCUUUUUCCACCUGAGGACACAGAUGAAUUAUUUUGUCAUAUCCCCUAAUUUCACACAAGCUGCUAUACCUGUGUUCCUUUGUGUGCUGUGUCAUUAGGAGAGUAGGAGUAGGCCCAGCUCUUCAGGAAUCUGAAAGGCAAGGCAGAUUUUGGUUUGGGUUUUUGAAUAAAAAAGUAAUUUGCCCUUAUAAUGGCAUUUCAUUUUUGAAAUAAUUUGGGUGAAGCCAGAUUAAGGUGGUUAGGGAUAGGAUGUACCAUGAUUCUAAUUUUGGCAAAUGUGAUGCGUCCUUUGAGUCACUGAGAGAUUAUAGAGUUAUUGAAUGCACUUUCUUUAGGCCUCCAUUAAAUGUACCUCUUGUAAUCCGGUAGUUACUUACUGUUUUGUGAAGGAAUGCUACAAUUUGCUUUGAAGCUAAUUUGACCUGGCUGAUUAUGGUGAAGUUCUUCAAGCCCUGUAUUUGAUAUUUUUACAUCCUGAGAAAGGAAGAAAGCUGAGAUUUUAAUUCUAAACCUUGGAAAUCUAAUUUAUAUUUCUCCAGUGUGUGUGAUUUCAAAACUGGUAAAAUGUAACUGACUAAAUACAGUCUUAACUCCGUAUGUUGUUCAUGUUUCUGGCAUUACAUCAAAAUAAAACAUAAUGGAAAUGAGAGAAA